AUGGGCAGUACAGUAAAUGGGAAUUUGAAAAUCAAUACUGAAUAUACGGAACCAUAUUUCAUGGGCAUUUUUUGCUUUGAAUUUUUGUUAAAAGUGAUAGCAUUUGGAUUUGUUCUUCAUAAAGGAUCAUACCUCCGCUCAGGAUGGAAUAUUAUGGAUUUUAUUGUUGUUGCCUCAGGUGUUGUAACAAUGAUGCCUUUUACAUCGUCGGAUGGCGAAGGACGAGGUUCGGUCGAUUUAAGGACACUUCGAGCUGUUCGUGUCCUCAGGCCACUCAAACUUGUCUCCGGCAUACCAAGCUUACAAGUAGUAUUAAAAUCAAUACUGUAUGCAAUGGCUCCAUUGUUGCAAAUUGGCUUACUAGUUCUCUUUGCUAUCGUCAUAUUUGCAAUUAUUGGAUUAGAAUUUUAUUCCGGUAUAUUUCAUUCCGCAUGUUAUAAUGCUUAUGGUGAAAUUGAAAAUCUCAGUGAUCGUCCAUAUCCAUGUUCGAAUAAAUCAGCAGCGACGGGUGCACAUAAUUGUGAGGUAGAGGGUACAGUAUGCCUUACUCAAUGGAUUGGACCGAAUUAUGGUAUAACUUCAUUUGAUAAUAUUGCAUUUGCUAUGAUUACUGUAUUUCAAUGUAUUACUAUGGAAGGAUGGACCACUGUGAUGUAUUAUACGAAUGAUUCACUUGGUAGUACAUAUAAUUGGGCUUAUUUUAUACCUCUAAUUGUUCUUGGCUCUUUUUUUAUGCUCAAUUUGGUCCUUGGUGUUUUAUCCGGUGAAUUUGCGAAGGAACGUGAAAGAGUUGAAAAUCGUCAAGAAUUCUUGAAAUUACGUAGGCAACAACAAAUUGAACGUGAAUUGAACGGUUAUUUAGAAUGGAUUUUAACUGCUGAAGAAGUGAUUCUGAAGGAGGAACGAACUACUGAAGAAGAAAAAGCAGCUAUUAUGGAAGCACGACGGCGAAUUGCAGCAAAAAAAUUAAAGCAAACAAAUAUGCAGCAAAGUAUCGAAACGGAAGAGGAUAUUGAUGAAGAGGAUGAGGAUGAAGAGGGUUACCUGAAUGAAGGAAAUGAAGGUAGAAAAGCAAGAAGAAGUUUUUACGGAUCGAUAUGCAAGAAAGUACGAAAUAUGAGGGUUCAAAUGAGACUUAUUGUAAAAAGUCAAGUAUUUUAUUGGUUGGUUAUAACAUUAGUCUUUCUGAAUACUGCCUGCGUUGCUUCGGAACAUUACGGACAACCGGAAUGGUUCACCGAAUUUCUAAAAUAUGCGGAAUAUGUAUUUUCGGGAAUAUUUAUAUGUGAAGUAUUAAUGAAACUAUUUGCAAUGGGUCAUCGUGUUUAUUUCGCAUCAAAAUUUAAUCGUUUCGAUUGCAUCGUUAUUGUUGGCAGUGUAUUUGAAGUAAUUUGGGCAGAAUUAAAGGGUGGCUCAUUUGGUAUUUCUGUACUUCGAGCCUUACGGUUAUUGCGCAUUUUCAAGCUCACUUCGUACUGGAUAUCAUUACGUAAUCUUGUCCGUUCACUUAUGAAUUCAAUGCGCUCUAUUCUCUCACUAUUAUUCCUCCUCUUCUUAUUUAUUCUUAUUUUUGCCUUAUUGGGUAUGCAACUGUUUGGCGGAAAAUUUAGUUUUCCGUCCGGUCGUCCGUAUACUCAUUUUGAUACAUUUCCGGUAGCCUUAAUUACAGUCUUCCAGAUACUAACGGGAGAGGAUUGGAAUGAAGUGAUGUAUUUAGCAAUUGAAUCACAGGGUGGCAUAUAUGGUGGUGGCAUGAUUUAUUGCAUAUAUUUCAUUGUACUCGUACUUUUUGGCAAUUAUACUUUAUUAAAUGUCUUCUUGGCUAUCGCCGUAGAUAAUUUAGCAAAUGCACAAGAAUUAACAGCAGCUGAGGAAGCAGAUGAACGAGCCAAUGAAUUAGUGGAUAAUUCGGAAAGUCUUGAUGAACAGGAUAGCGAACAAUGCGCUAUCGAUAUGGAAGGUAAAACGGGUGGUAAUAUGUCGGAAAUGCAACGUGACAUAGACGAUGAAUAUGAAGAAGAAGAGAGUCCAUUUGGUGGUCGUAAACCUAUAGUACCAUUCUCUUCAAUGUUUAUCUUUUCACCAACAAAUCCAUUUCGUGUAUUGGUGCAUUCGAUAGUAUCAACGAAAUAUUUCGAAAUGUUUGUAAUGGGUGUAAUAUGUUUCUCCAGUAUAGCGCUUUCGGCAGAAGAUCCGGUUGAUGAGGAUGCUCCAAGGAAUAAAGUACUUCAAUAUAUGGAUUAUUGCUUCACGGGUGUUUUUGCUUUGGAAAUGUGCCUUAAA